CUUCCUAUGAGCGCAACCUGGACUUUUGCCGCAACCAAGUAGCUUAAAGCUCAAAUGUAUACGGCUAAGGCAUUUUGACGCGCACGGUUGCUUGUAUCUACAGUUCUUUUCGCGCCAUCCUGACAGCUCGAGUAUCCUGGGCUGGAUGGCCGUGCGAAGGCGCUAACCUGUGGAUUCAAACCUUAGGACAUUCACGUAGAUGUCAUCCUGCGCGGACGCGGAGCAUGACGCGCGCCCGGCGAAGAGGUCACGGCAGGCGCCCGGAAAGGCGUCGGCGCGUGACGCCGAGGCAGCACGUGCGCGCGACCUAGCGGCGCGUGAGGACGCGGUCGCCGCGCGCGAAGCGGCUCUCUCAGCGCGGGAGGCGGCCGCUACCGCACGGGAGCUCGCGGCGUCGGCUCGCGAGACGGCUGUGGUGAUGCGAGAGGAAGCCCUGGAGGCACGGGAGGUGGAGGCAGCAACACGGGAGGAGGAGGCGGCGCGGCGGGAGGACGGCGCAAGCAGCCGGGAGGACACGGCUGCCAUGCGUGAGGGGGCGGCCGCGGCGCGGGAGCACGCAGCACGGGCACGGGAGCGGGAAGCCGCCGCGCGGGAGGAGGCGGCGCGGGCGCGCAUCGCGGCGGCGGAGGCGUUGGAACGCGCGGCGACGCUAAAGGAGCAGCAGGCGGCGCGGGUGGGGUGUGCUCCGGAGCGGUUACCAUUUGAGGUGCCGGUCCCGCGCGGGCCCACGCCUUCAGCGCGGCAACUGCCGGCGGGGCCCCGGCAUCUCCUCGAGGUGCCCAGGGCACGAGAUGCCCCGGACCGAAGGUCGGCGGCACCGGCAGCACCGCACAACGACAGCAGCGGCACGGCGCCCGGCUCGGGGCCAACAGCGCUACCAGCGGCAACGCACGCGGCGCCUGGCGUAGGCGGUACGGGCGCGGUGCUGGCUGGACCGGUGGCAGCCGCCCAUGCGGACGCGUUGCAUCAGGGCCAGCAGGUGGAGGACAGCGAACGGGAGCUGGGCCCUGGCGAGCUGGGGAGCGAUGGCGAUGUGAACAUGGAGCCACUGGGUGGGUCGGGGCAUGACGGGUCGGAUGACUCGGCAUCCGGUUCGCCGCUGGCCGCGGGGACGCCGCCGCUCCUGAGUCCACCGGGCUCGGUCCUGCUACCGCACCUGCAGCAACAGCAGCAGGAGCAGCAACAGGAGCAGCAGCAGCAAGAGCAGGAGCAGCAGGUCGAGCGCCGGCAAGAGCCGCUGUCGCGGCAUCAAGCCCUGCUUGCGGAUGCCGGCGCUGCGGCGGCAGCCGAACUCACGCAUGCAACGCAGCCCGCACAAGCGGAGAUCGCGACAGUUGCAGCGGGGACGGCAGUCGCGGGGGCUGCAACGGCAACAGGGUCCUCGGCUACAGGUGCUGCGGCAGCCCCCGCCAGGCCGCCCAGCUCCUCCGGACUCGGCCGAGCAGCACGCGGGGGGCGAGCACCGCCACUGCCUGACAGCUCCGCACCACCGCCAACAGCCGGCGCUCCGCCGCCGGCCGCUCCUGCGCCACCGCAGCAGCCCGCAACAGGGGGACAGGCUGCGCAGCAUGGGGCUCCCAGAGCAGGAUCCGCUGCCGCUAUCGCCGCCGCGGCCGUUGCCGCGGUCACUGCCGCCGCCGCCGGCAGGGCACCAGGGCCGGCUGCUACCGCGGCAGCCCCCGGGCCGGCCGCAGCCGCGGGACCUGCUCCUGCUCCGGAGCCGGUGUGGGGUCGGGAACAGAACGCGGUGCUGCUGGAGCUGCUGCCGAAGAAGGGCAUGGGGUCGGCGGCUCUGCAGGAGGUGCAUGAACGGCUGGGCGGGCGCUUUGGCCUGGACGUGAUUACCAAGAGGGCGCGGGCAUUGAUGGCCCUCAUGUUGGAGGAGGCCACUGGCUAAGGAGUGAGGAGGGAGGGAGCUGCAGCAAACGGCUUGGAUUGGUGUGUGGGAUGGGGGAAAGGUGGUGAGCAGAUCUGCGAAGAGGCGGGCAGCGGGGGAGCGUGAAGCUGGGCCUGGAGGGUCAGCUGUUCUUGAGUCUUGCUUUGCGUCAGGCUGUGAGGCUGUGUUGAGGUGUGUACUGGGUGAUUGUGCAUUUUGCGCGCGGGUUUGUUGGCUUGAUAGUGUCUCGCGUGCGCAGGACUGAAGCCGUUUGAAUGGAUGUGGGGGCCAGGCUGCCCACAGUUGCAGCAGGAAACAGGUCACCCCAUGGGAGGAGCAAAAUUAUUCCUAGCCUAGUGGGUUAGGUCCUGGGUCGGGCGACACCAGUGGCACACCAACGGCACAGCUUCAGUCGUGGCCGGUCGUUGAUGUUGGGUGUGUAGUGCUGACACCUACGCCUUCUGUACAUAUGUUAUAGGUAAAGUGCAUACGGCACGAAUGUCUGUGUUGUGGCGGGCGGGCGCGUGGCACCCGUUUACAAAACACUGAGACUGUACUGUGCUCUCGACGCCGUGUGUGGGCACUAGAAGGUUUGUACACAGCAGGCAUAGUAGCUGAAAUUCUCGAAGCUUGAUCGCUA